AUGGCUACCGCGGUUGCAUCUCACAACAUUGGACUUUGGCAAGACCGACGAGAACCAUCAAUGCACCUUCCUAACAUGCACCUCAACAACGUCAUGCCUCCCUACUACACUCCACCGAAUUUCGCGAACGCUCCCGUCUCGCGCGAGUACCAGCCCACCUCAAACCACAUGGACGUCAACGUGUCUCUCUACUCAACGAACACGCUCACCAGAUCCGUCCCGUACCAAGCAGGAGCAUUUGUGUGCGCCGCUCCUACUACGGUACCAGUGAGCCUACACGACAUGCAGCAAACUCCCUACUGCUUACCGCAAAUGCCAUGUCUCGUGUCAUACACCCAAUCUCCUGAUAUGCAGCCGGCUCACGCUCCGUCCAAUAUGUUCAGCCCAAACAUCAAGUCUGAGGAUACACCAUCGCCGCAGUCAGACCAGAUGUACGCCAUUCCGUUAUACGUAACUGAAUCGAAGCUAUUCACCUCAGAGCCUACUGAAGGCAGUGGUAGCAACUUUGCCACCGAUGACGACGCAACAAAGAACGCUCAGAAGCCCAGGAAGCGUUACCAGUGCACUGUACCCAACUGCAACAAGAGCUUCUACCAAAAGACGCAUCUUGAGAUUCAUAUCCGCGCCCAUACUGGUGACAAGCCAUUCCCUUGCAAAGCACCAGGAUGUGGCCAGUCGUUCUCGCAGCUCGGUAACCUCAAGACUCACGAGAGGCGCCACACAGGAGAGCGACCAUACAGCUGCGACAUUUGCGGCAAGACAUUCGCCCAACGUGGCAACGUUCGAGCACACAAGACUGUCCACCAAGGGAUCAAGCCCUUCAGCUGCGAGCUAGACGCCUGUGGCAAGAAGUUCACUGAACUAGGCAACCUCAAGUCCCACCAAAACAAGUUCCAUGCCGCUACGCUCAGGUAUCUUACCACGAAGUUCGCGACCGUGACCCCAGGCGAUUGUGUCUCCCAAGAGGACAAGAAGCUGUGGGAGUACUUUGCCUCCCUAUACAAGAAUUCCAACAAGGGUAUCAAAGGUCGAGGCAAAGACAGACGCAUCUCCGCCAUGUCAUCAUCUGCUUCUUCAUUCCCUUCUUCCUAUGCCGCCAUGCCAAUGGCUUCCGUGUCUCGAGGCUAUGCCAGCUCUUUCCACCAGCACAGCAGCAAUCGCAGCAGUCGCUGCUUAUCGAUGUCUUCUGACACUAUCCCAAUACAAGUGAACAGCGCAUGCGAUUUCAGUGCACCAACGCACAACGGAUACCAUCAGCCUCAAGGCAAUGGCUACGACGGCAUGGUCUUCCCUGAGCGAAAGAUGUACUGA